AGACGCGCUCAACGCGGUCGGGUAGCACACGCAAGGCUGAAAGGAGCUGCAGAGGAUCUCGUUUGGUAUUUCUGGGGAAGCACAGCACAGAUCUUCCUCAAGCAGCAGACACCUGAAACUGCAGAAAUCUGAUCCAUCCCCGCCGAGCCGCACCAGUAGCAAACCACACGUCCUGCGUUGCUUCACCUCAUCUUUCCAAACCUUUUCCUACAUAGGACGCCGACGUCGCGGCGAUGGACGACAUAGUGACGGAUCAGAACCUGCGCUCCGUCUUGCAGAUCUCGCAGGACGCGCGCGAUCAGGCCCUUGCCCUCGUCGAUCUCAUCGCCCAGCAGCAGCAGCAGCAGCAGCAGAACGGGGCCGGCGACGAUGGCGCCGCGCACGUCGCGCUGGCCAAGCUGCAAAAGCAACUCAUGACGAACCUGUCGCAUCUGCGUGGUUUACACCGCGCCGCAUUCAUUGCGGCCCGGGACACCAAGGCGAUGACGGCCGAGAAGCGGCAGGAGGUUGAUACGCUGCACCUGCAGCUGCAGAACCUGUACUACGAGCAGAGGCAUCUUGAGGGGGAGAUUGCGGCUUGCGAGGGUUACGAUCACAAGUACCGCGAGCUCCCCCUCAUACCCGUUGAGGAGUUCUUAGCAUUAAAGCCAGAACUGGCAGACCGCGACGAGAACGAACUCAUGGUCGCGAGGAUAGAGCAUGAACGUUCAGAGCGACAGGAGAUGGAGAAUCAGAGGCAGGACAUGCUCAAGCGCAAGGCCACACUGAUUGCGGAGAACAAGAAGAGCAAGGAGAAGCUAGCAAACUUGGACCAGGAACUGGAAAAGUUCAUUGAUGCUGCGAAACCUAUCGAGAAGAUCUUUGAGAAUGUCAAUUGAUCUAUCGAAGAGGCACAUCUUACUGAAUCAAUCUCUGAGCUGGCACCGACGCACUUCGAUUGUUCUACGUUGUGCCCCAGCAAGCGAGCGUGACACCUCUUUGUAUGUGGGCGCUUAUGAUACCAAUGAUACCAAUGAUACCCCAAAAAGUGAAAUCACCGAGGCUGUCCCGUCCGGAUUCGAUAGCGGAUCAGGCUAGGGCAAGCUCGAAAUCCAUCACAGGGUCGCUGUGCAGCUACGGAGCCUAGAAAAAAAUCGACGGUCCCGUAUGCCAGCGAAACCCAUCCAACUGCCUAUGAAGCAAGACUUUAUGGUGAGCUUUGGCCAACAUGAAAAUGGCGGCGAGAGGUGGCUGGGUGAUAUAUCACGCAUUGGAACCAACCAGUCAAUGACGCUCAUGCACGCACUCUUCCUGGCCUUGUGGGCUUGUGGGAAUAGUAUGGGGAUGGUAUGGUACCCUUACCGGUUAGUGCUCUCACCGCCGGCAUACGUCCUUCUUUUAAGGUCGCAGUAGUACCGGAGCCACGCGGAUGUGCGGCGGUCAAUGACAUGCUCAUCGCAGCAACAAUUGCCGGAGAUAGUCGGGUCGUUCUACCGUAGUCUACAGAACGGGUUCCAAACGAACACAUACCUUGUACGGCCAUAAACUAACAUAUUACACUUUACCAAGUAUGCAAAAGAGAUCAGCAGGAGUGGGUCCAUUACCUUCAUGGCAUUCAAAGUUUUUUUUUUUCGAAUCCCAUGGUCUUUGAACCAGUGACGAUGUGGAUUUUCCUCGCCUGCCUUAUGAUUUUCCAGUAUUGGUGCAAGAUGGACGAUCUGCCGCAUUCUGGGUUGCCAAGUAAUUACCUGUACAAGGGUCCCGAAGCAAGAUGAUGCAACC